AUGUUGAGCAUGCGGAUCUUGUUCCCGAGCUACGGCCUUUUCGGGAUGCGUUGCUCAAGGCAUGGCCUCAAUAUCAAUGACAACAUUUACGAUGGCACAAAGAGUGGGCUGACCCACUGCGUUAACACUAUCUACAAGGGCGUCCGCUCCUCAAGCUGGUCAUUCCUUGUUGGGAAACCCAAUAUACAUACUUUGUCAUCCUCGCACUGCAAGCGCUUGAUUUUCAACGGUGAUCGAGUCACCGGAGUCGAAGUCCAUGGACCAGAUGGCAAGGACAUGACCGUGCAGGCACGUAAGGAGGUUAUUGUCGCCGGUGGUGUUUAUGAAUCGCCGAAGUUGUUGAUGUUGUCUGGCAUUGGCCCUGAGAAGGACCUGGCACAGUUCGGCAUCAAAGCAAUUUCCAGCUCUCCUCAUGUCGGCUGCAACCUACUAGAUCAUCCUAUUAUGCCGCAUGUCUUUCGCUUGAAAGAUGGACUAGGCUUAGACGACCACCUACUCCGCGCGGGUCCCCAAAAGGAGGGGGCAGUCACGGCAUACAAUCGGAGCCACUCCGGUCCCUUGGGGAGUGGCCUUCUGGAGCUUGAUUACGUCAAAGCAAAACAAGAAAACAACGGAAUGGAUCCAUUUGGACCAGCUGGACAGCCACACUUUCAAAUUGACUUUGUGCCAAUGUUUUCAGAUGCGUUUCAGUGGCAUUUCCCUGUCCCUCCGGAAGGAAGGUGGCUGACAGUGAUCGUUGAUCUUCUACGAUCUAUUUCAAAGCCGGGCUGGGUAAAGCUGCGCUCUAAGGAUCCACUGGACGAUCCAUACAUCAAUACCAACUAUUUCAACAACCACCUUGAUGUGAUUGCUCUACGGGAGGGUGUCCGGGCUGUUGAUGAUAUUCUUAUGACUGGCGAGGUCUUCAAGGACAUCAUCGGUGAAGAUUAUCCGUGGCCCAUGCCACGAAACUCGGACGAGGCAAUGGACAAAAUGAUUCUCGAGCGCUCUCAGACAGGAUACCGUACGUCUCGGAACAACACCCUCUUGUGA